AUGAGUGAGUUCAAAAGGUUAAAAACAUCGGAAGAGAUACUGGAGUUUUUAGAUAAUGUAGACGUGAGUGAUGAUGAACCCACCGAUAUUAUUAUAAUUCCCCCAGAUGUUGAUUGUCUCACUGAUGAGGAAAAUGUUGAAGAUAAUGCAAUUACUCACAACAGCCAGAAAAUCCUAGUAAAAAAAAAAAAAAUUGGUAAUAUAAAACAAAAUUAUACGCCAAUAUGGAAAUCUAAAGCAAAUCCUGUGUAUUCAUCAUUUACCGAAAACGUCGAAAAAGAAAAUAUAAAAAACCUAAUUGAGACUUAUGAAGGAAUUGAUCCACUCAAAUAUUUUUCUUUAUUUUUCGACGACACAGUCUUGCAAUUAAUUAUUGAUUUCAGUAUGAAAUACGCGAAAGAGCAAAAUAGACACGAUUUUUUUAUUGAAAAGUCUGAACUUUUAAAAUUCCUAGGGAUUAUGAUACUAACAGGAUACCAUACUUUACCCCAAAUGGACUGCUACUGGAGUAAAGAUGAAGAUAAAGAAGUAACUUUAGUGAGAAAUACAAUGUCAAGAAAUAAAUUUCGUUUCAUAAAAAAAAAUUUGCAUUUAGCUGAUAAUCAUAAUCUCAACCCCUUAGAUAAAUUUUCAAAGUUGCGUCCUUUUUUCGAUUUAUUGAAUCAAAAGUUUGUUCAGUUUGGUAUUUUUGCUCAUAAUUUGUCAAUAGACGAAGAAAUGGUACCAUACUUUGGUCGGCAUUCUUGCAAAAUGUUUAUUAGAGGAAAACCAGUUCGUUUUGGCUUCAAGUUAUGGUGUUUAACUUCUGAAAAUGGUUACUUAUUUCAGUUUUCACCUUAUGGUGGUGCUAGUACCAAACGAAUAGAAGGUUUGCCAUUAGGCUCAGAAGUUGUAUUCAAUCUUUUGGAGUCUGUUGAAAAUCCAAACUUGCAUAAAGUAUUUUUCGACAACUUUUUUACUAGUUAUUCUCUAAUGGCUAUGCUAAGAGAAAAAGGAUUCUUUGCGACAGGCACUGUGAGAGAAAAUCGCAUUGGUAAUUAUAAAUUAAAAUCUGUCAAACUGUUGGGAAAAGAAUGUAAAGGAACAUUUGACUUUGCUUUUGAAAAAAAAAAAAUGAAAUUUGCGCAGUUCGAUGGAAUGACAAUUCAGUUGUGA